CGGUGUGUAUAGAACGUCUGAACGGAUGAUGGACAUUCAAAUUGAAAAUAAGUCACUGCAAUCGUAACCAGUGCACCAACCAUUCAUCCAAGCGGCCAAGAAGAAGAAGAACCCCAGAAUCAGCAAAUCUCAACUGACAUCAUCGUGUGGUCGUCGUCGUUGUUCUCGUCAACCAUCCAUCCUUCUUCUCUCGCAUAUCGGCAACGUUGUUGAGUGUUAAAAACAAAACUGUGUAUGAAGAAUAGCUCUUUUUUUCGUGAUUCUUUCUUUGUUGUUGUUGUUGCUGUUGGUUGUGUUAUAUAUGUAUGUAUGUGUACAUGUGAUGAGUACGGCAAUGUACUUUUACGUUCCAAGUCAUGGUGUUGUAUGGUGUUGAGUUGUGCUGUGCUGUGCCUUACCCUGCCUUGUAUGAUUGGUUUGUUGGUUAGUCGUUCGCUGUGUGUUUUCGUCAUCGCCCCAUCGCCACAACCGUCAUCCGCAAAUGCAUUUUGUCUGAAAAAAUAAAGAAUAAGUAGCAACAACAACUUUAGCAGUUAAAGAGUAUUUAUCUGUAAGAGCUACCGCGAGUAUCAAAGUGUUGUGAGCAAUGGUGGUAGCGGCGGCGGCUAUCCCACAUCCAAAUCCCAAACAUAAAUAACAAUAAUAACAAAACACUCACAUUCAACACUUGGUGUCGACAAGACAGAACCAGACCAGACUCACGGAUUAUUCUGCAGACUCUCAUGCAACGAACAGAAGCAGCAACUGCAACAAACAUCUGUUAAAAUAAAACAAGUGUUGACAAGUGGAAGGAAAUCAAAGAAAUUUCCAAAAACAAAGUGGGUUUUAAAUAAAAAAAAUAUAAAAAAAAAAUUAUGACAACAAGAAAGUGACUUUCAUGAGUUAUGAAUGAAAUAUGUAUGAAAAUAUUAAAAAAAAAAACUGUGACUAGUAAUUAAAAAAAUUUUUAAAUCUUUAUAGAUAGCCAGAAAAUGAUUUAAACAUUUACAGUGAAUCAAAAAACCAAAAAAAAAAGAGUUCUUAAGAAAAAUUAAACCAAACAUUAACACUUGAUAACAGUUUUCAGAGUUCCAUGCCCAAAAAAUACAUAUUUAUUUAUUUGCCCAUAUAAAAAAAAAAGAAUCAAACACACACACAUAGUGCUUUCAUAUCAUUUUUUUCUUUGCUUAAGGCGUAUGCAAAAUAAAACAACAGUAUUAAAUAAAAAUCAACGCAAAAAUCUUUAAACGACAGCCACAGUGGAAUGUGUUUUGUGCUUCCUUUUUUUCUUGAAUUCUGAUUCUUAACAAAUAAAAAUUAAAAUAAAAACAAACCCAAAGAAAACAACAAAAAAUUUGUGUUAUGUGCAGACAAACAGUCCAAAAAAAAAUCAUGCAAAAUAACAAAAGCAACAACAGCAACACUACCACCACCAUCCGCAUCAUCGCUAACAGUAGCAACCAGAAAAUCAACAACAACAACAACAUUUAAUAGAACACCUAAACUUCCUUAUGUCUUCUCAAGUGCUAAAAAUACCCACUCCCCAUAGCCCCAUAGCCACCAUAGGCAUAAUUAUGCUCAACACAACAGCAACAACAACAACAGUAGCAACAAUAAACCGAGUGUGGUGAAUAACAGAGAAGAGUGUUUUGAAUCCAUAAAUUCAUUGAAUGAAUAAAGAGAAAAAAAAUCAUAAAUUUUAAGAUCUAAUGCAUUAUUUUUAUUUUUCUUCCAACAAAAAAAAAACACACAGAGUUCUGACAAAAAACCAGAAAUAACAGCAAAUUGAAAUAAAAACAAAUUAUGAAAAUCACAAAACAAACAGCAAAAAAUAAACAAGGAUAUACAUGAGUGUACACAUAAUAAAUUGCUACAAAAAACACCAUUUAUACAUGAAGUGAUAUUUUUUUAUCAGCAAAAUAAAAAAACUAAAAAAAAACAAGAAAAAUUAAGAAAAGAAAUCAUUUACUUCCUAAAAAAAGAAAACCACAGAAACAAGAACAAAUACCUUGCAUCCACAUACAAUUUUUUUGGAAUAACUUUUUCUUUUUACAAGAAAUAAAAUCUACAACAACAAAAAACAACAACAGCAAGUACAGAAAGCCUAUUGGAUUACUUAUCACAUUAAAAGCUAACAAAGAGUACCUUGCAACAAUGGCCAUAAUACCAACUUAAGAUUAUAUUUUUCCAAUCCCUAGGAAAGGAAUAACAAAAUAUAGGGUCCAAAGCAAAGCAGGGAAUAUUUUGCAAUAAGGCCAGCGCAGGACGCAAUGGAAUUACCUUCCAUGGUCCAGAGAUCUGGCGAUACUUUGAUUGUACGCAGUGUGGUAAGUGGCAAUCAGUUGUACAUGGACCAAAAUACCACAGGACCAGAAACUACAAACAUGAAUACCUCAAACAACAACAGCAACAGCAACAACAACAAUAGCAUCAACAGUAAUAAUAACAAUAACAACAACAAUGUCAACAGUGGCAAUGGCAUGGCAGUAAGUGUGGGCGGCAUUAACAUUCCCAACUCAGCUGCCUUACUUUCCAAUUCUUCAAUAAUGCAGCAAAUCGAACGUUUGAAACGCUCCCAGGAGGCAGCAGCAGCACAACAACAUUUAAUGCAACAACAGCAUCACCAAAUGCAACAGCAGCAGCAACAACAACUUCAACACCAUCAACAAAAUAUUGCCUUGGAACUUAAGGAGGAGGGUUUGCCACAAUGCAAAAUAAAACGCAACUACAGCUGCAGCUACUGCACCUAUUUCACCCAAAAUCCGCGUUGCCAUCUCACCCACCUGCGCGAUGUGCACGGCGAGAAAAUAGUCAUCAACAAGUGCAAAUUGUGCCUCUAUGCGUCGCGUCACUAUCAGAAGCUGGUGCGUCACAUGAAGAUGGUGCACAACUGCACCGAUGGUGUCUCCAGUGGCCAUGGCCAGGCUAGAGGCAAGCGUGGCAUGAAUCGUGACAGAAAGCGCAAGCUGGAGGAUACCUUGGCAGUGCCAGCAGCCAUGAAGCUAAUGAAUGUUGAGGGAUUCAAUGCGGAACAGAUACAAGCCGAUCUGGAACAAAAAAUUCAUCGUGAUUUGGAUUUGUUCAAGCAGCAGCAGCAACAACAACAACAACAGCUUGAAGAUCAACAACAGAAAUCCCAUCAGCAGCAACAACAACAGCAACAGCUAAGUGUUUCGGCCGCUGGGGCCUUAUUUGCCGCUGCCUAUGAGCAACAAUUGCGAGCCCAAAGGGAAUUGGCCGACAAAGAUGCGCUCAAAACCGCCCAUUCCAAUUACGAACGCCGAGAAUCCUCACCUCCCGCCGCUUUGACAGCCGAUGAUGUUGAUGCUUCCACACAACAGAAAACCUACGAUUACACUCCCUCGCCCCAGCAUCAGCAGCAGCAGCAGCAACAAGAGCCCAAAAUCCAAAUACCCCCACAGAGACCAAGUUUCGAGUUGACUCCCUCACCUUCGGGCAGCAAUUCGUCUCCACCCCCCGCAGGUCAAAGUACAAGUGGCAGCACUACUCCUCUCAGCGGAGUCAUGCCCUCCGACGAGCCCUCCAAUAAUCGCCUAAUGAAGUGCAGCCUUUGCGAUUUCACCACCCUGUAUCGCAACAAUCUGCUGGAGCAUGAAAUCGAGGAUCACUGCAAUGCCAAGUUCUAUCGCUGCGAAAAGUGCUCCUAUGUCACACACAUCAAGGCCCGCUUCAGCAAGCAUGUGAAAUACCAUUCCAUGCCCAUGAUCAAAUGUGUUACCUGCGAUUUUCGCACUCCCUACAAGUGGAACCUGGAUCGUCAUAUGAAGAAUCAUGGGGGAGCCGGACCUUUCCGUUGUGCUGCCUGCGAUUUUACCGCCGAUAUAAAGCAGUCGUUGACGGUGCAUGAAAUGAAUCAUCAUGUGCCACCGGUGGGUCAUGCCGCUGGCAUGACUUUGGCCCGCAGACGCAACAAAGUGGGAGGCACUGACAUUAGUGAGGAUUUCUUCAGCGAUUCUGCGGAAAUGCUGGAAGACCACUUCAACAAUAACAACAUGGACGAAUACGAUGAGAUGCUGAUGACAGCAGGUCCCGUCGAAGGGGGCAUGUAUGAAACGAAACGUCUGCGUUAUGAGGAGGAUGAGCCCACAGAUUUGUCUCAGAAGGGCGGUUCCUCGGACACUUCAUCGGUGCACAAUCAUACGCUGCCCAAGGUCAAGAAACCUCUGCCAAACCUCAUACCCAUCUCCAAGGAAGGCCAAAACAUUUUAAAUCUCACCACAGAUUUGGCGGCUUCGCGCUCGUCGCUGUCCGAGAUAGCCUCCAUCUUUUUCAAUGAAAAACAGAUAUCGGAAAUGCUGCAGCCUCUGGACAAGGCAGAUGCAGCGGCAGGUGCUGCCUCGCAACUCUCACCCACCACCACCAUAAACUCCUCCUCGGCGGCCAGCAGCAAAAGUUUGCUGGCACGCAAGGCAGGCUCCUUUUUUGACAAAAUCAAAUCCUCCACCACCACCAAUGAGAAUCUCAUCUGCCCUUGUGGCCAUAUGGCCAAAUGUCUAUCGGAGUCCAUCAUACAUCGCAAGUCUUGCAACUUCCUGCCGCUGUCGGUCAAUGAAGACAUCGAUUUGGACGAUGAAGAUCACGAUGAGGAUGAUGGUGAGGAGGGUCGUCUGGAAAUCGAUUUCACCGAGGACGAUGAUUGUGAUAAACAAUCACAUUCGGCUCUUAACCUCAGUGUGACCGGCUCAACGCGCUGUCAACAUUGCCGUCAUCGUUGCAAAUCCUCAGCGGACUUGUUGAAUCAUUUGAAAAUCUGCUCAGAGGCAAACAGUCGUUGUGGCGAUUCCGUGUCGGGUGAAAGCUGCACUGGCAGUCGUAUAAUAAUGGGCAGUAGUGGCGGUGAUGGUGAUGGUGCUGGGGGCGGAGAUAAUCAUCAUCCCAUGGAGAAUCGUGUAUUUGUUUGGAACAAAUUACCUCGCAAUCAAGAAGGUUCGCAGAACUUCGAAGGAAAUCGCCAGCUAAUGCAGCAGGGGCAGUCAUCAUCCCAUACAGGUGGCAGCAGCUUGCUAAGCAGCAACAAUGAUGAGAACAGCUAUUAUGGUGUAGAAACAGCACCGGGUUAUGGUGAGAUGACACCCGAAGAAGAGGCCGCCAAUUCAUCGCUGAAAAAAGUCUACAAAUGUCCGCACUGUUCCUUUUGGGCUUCCACAGCUUCCCGUUUCCAUGUGCACAUUGUGGGUCAUUUGAAUAAAAAGCCUUUCGAAUGUUCCCUGUGUUCGUAUCGUUCCAAUUGGCGCUGGGACAUUACCAAGCAUAUUCGCCUAAAGACUAUUCGCGAUCCCAGUCACAAGAAUGCUCGCGUCCUAAUGAACGACGAGACGGGACGGCGCAAUUACACCAAAUACAACAAAUACAUAACGCUAAUGAAGGUCACCGAAGAGGAUGGCGAUCCCAAGCUGAUGAAAUCCGGAGAAAUGACUCCCAAUCAAGUGGCCUCGCUAGCGUUUAUCAAUGACUACAAUAGCAAGCAGCAACAGGGUUCGAUCAGCUCCUCGGGUUCCACACCUAUUGCCAACAUUCUCAAUGGGGUCAGGGAAGACAUCACCUUGGAGCCCAUACCUUCCAAAUCUGCAAUGGGAGCUGGUGGUGGGGGCGGUGAUGAGGGCAUGUCGGAUAAUUUCAUACGCUUGCCUCUGUUGGCCUCUAUGAUGAAUGCUGCCAUUGCUCAGCAACAGCAUCAGAAAAACCAUUCGUCAAAUGAUCAUGAGACCGCGACACUGAUAACACCUUCGGUCACCAUUUCGGCGGUUAAGAAGAAUCCCCAUCCCUCGCAAAGUUUCAAGCCAAGCGAUGAAAUCAUAUUGGAGGUCAGACCCGACAGCAAUGAGAAGAACUACAAGUGUCGCAAAUGUAGUUUCAGGCACAUGAAUCGCGAUGCUGUUUUGGCUCAUGUCAAAGUACAUUUCCCCGAUCCCAAUAUGCCCAUAGUGACGGCCACUGCCACUACAUCGCCCAAGGCGGCACACAAUUCACCGCUGCAGGUAUCAGUCAACAAUUCCAAUUCGUACAUGAACAAGGUCCUGGCCGCCAUGUGUCUGUCGCAACAGCAGCCAGCGAAUUCGGCCAACGCCCAACUCUCCAACCUAGUGGCUGCUGGUCUGCUGGAUCAAGCCGCCGGUAAUUCACCGCUUAGCGGUUUGGCCUUAGCCUUGGCCGGCAAAAGCCCCCUGAAGGCAUCACAAUUUAAUGCCGCUGCUGCUGCUGCUGCUGCUAAUAUCAUUGAGCACGGUGAGCAGAAAGCGAUUCUAAACGACCAGGCAAGUGCCGAGAACACAAUGACGUCGCCUAAUCAAUUAACACUUGUCAGAGCGCUUCAACACAAUCCACAACAACAGCAACAGCCGCAACAAGCGACUUCUGCGUCCUCUCUUAGUGGUUAUGGGGCUUCUACUUCCAAGCAUUCAUCGUCAUUGCAAAAUCUAUUAACCUCGCCUAGAGGCAAUCCCAAUGAUGGUGGUGUCUGUCUAACUGAGGGUACAAUGGUUAUGGGUUCAUCCUAUCAGAAAACAGCAACAACAACCACACUCACAAACAUGCCUGGCUUAAUGGCAGCAACGUCAGCACCACCACAACCAACAACUACAACAACAACAACAACACCAUCACCUACAACAAUUCGACAUUGUCGUUUGAAACACGCUGGCGUAAUCAACAUCGAAACCCUUGAUCGUGCAGCUACGGGCGAUAGGCAUGCGGCUCCCAUUUAUAAGCCUUUGGUAAAUGGGGCCUUAAGUGAGCAGCAAACGCAGUCGUUAAGCGGCAGCAACAAUAAUCAAUAUAGCUUGACUUUAAAAGCCCUACAACAACAACAGCAAAACCACAACAACAAUAUGAACAAUAAUAACAACAACAACACUAAUGUACUUAUGGACAACAACAAUCAAACAGCAGCAGCAGCGGCCGCCAAAUUAUCCAUCAGCCUACCGAAAAGCGAAACUGCUGUCCAUUCGCUGCUACACUCACCCUUGGCGUUGGCUUCAGGCCCGUCACAGGACCUACAGGCUGCUGCAGUAGCCUAUUUGGCCGCUGCCUAUAAAGCAGCGGCAGCACAAAAUAGCAGCAAUCCCAAUGCCACUGCUGCUGCCACCAUGGCCAGCAUUACCAGCAUGGCUGAGGAGUUGUUGCUGCAGCAACAAUUGCAAAAGAACGAUCAAAUUGAAAUCACCCGUGUAUCCUCCUCCUCAUCCUCGGCCAAUUCCAAUAAUCUGCAGAAUCUUAAUCUACUGAAGGCGGCAGCAAACAACACCACCGCCGUCAACAAUUCUAAUUUGGCCCAAUUGCUGGAGUCACAGUCUCUUAAUCAUGCCGCCAGUGGUGGUGGCCAUGUCACCAAUGCCUCAUCAUCCAACAACAAUCAAAAUGCCAAAUCAAAACAACAGAAAUGUCCUUUGUGUCCUUACAUAUGUGACAGCAAAUCACAGAUGAACUAUCACAUCUCAUUGCACAAACCCACCCAGUAUGAGUGUCAUUUGUGCACCUUUGUGUGUGCCAAAAAGCAGCAUUUGAGCUCUCAUCUGCGAACGGUCCAUCAAUUGUUGCCGCAACAACAGCAACAGGCGCUGGCUGGAACGAAUAGUUUAAGUAUGGAUUUCAGUUUGGCCCUCAAGAUGGCAGCAGCAGCCAAGAGUCAGCAGGACCCGCCUUUGGCCAUUGACUUGUCAGGCAUCAAACACAUUGCCUCGAGUGUAUCGUCUCCUGCUCAACAACGUUCCAAUACUGUGGCAGCCUCCACCUCAGCACAACAUCAAACGCAACAGCUGCCCCCCGAAUAUCAAUAUCGUUCGAUAUUCUAUUGCAACAAAUGUCCUGCACGCUAUGCCCAAAAACACAGUGAUCCCCAGACGGCCAAAAUCGAUCUGGACGACCACUUGAGGCAGCAUGAGCCGCUUAUGACAUCGUCAUCCUCCUCCUCCUCUAACAGCGGCAACCCCUUGGAAGAUAAUCGCAAAUAUCAAUGUGAAUAUUGCGAUUAUAGGGCGGCCCAUGAAUCUCUGAUACAGGCCCAUCGCAAUGUCCACACCACCCAAUACCAGGAGAAGUGCAAUGAACUGUACAAAAACUGCAAAGAUGAUCCGGUGUUCAGGGCACCCAAGUUAAUGCACAUAACAGCCACCCGCAAACAGCAUCACCAUCAGCAACAUCACGAAACCAUAUGGGUGGUGGAUCAGGAUUUGAAUGAGAACCCCACACAACCCACAGGACAUCACAUGGUGACGAAACUGGGUGGUCAAAAUUCAGCCAUAACCUCCAGUUCCCAGGGUCAGGCCUUUGAGGGGGGAAAUUCUUUGUUGAAAAAACAAUUGGAAUCGAAACAAAGUCCGCCAUUGGCUGUAGGCGCUGCCAAUGCUGAAGAUAGUGAGAGCAAGAAAAUACUACCGGAGGCCGAUGAAUCUAAUCCUUCAGCUUCUACCACGGCAUCGGGUGCUACCAGUGAGCCCGAAGCAGAUCAUCAUGCAAUGGACAAAUCCCCACAUGACAAUGCCGACCAAGAAGAUGAGGCAGCCGCAGAGGCCAAAGAACGUUGCCAGCACUGUCCUUUUGAAAGUUCCCACGCGACAGAGUUCAAAACCCACAUACAACAGCAUAUUGCGGUCUCGCAACAACGCUUAGCCUAUACCUGUGAACAUUGCGAUUAUACUGCUGAGGAGCAGGAACAAAUCGAAGAACAUACACGUGUCCAUUUCAAUAGCAUGGAGAAAUUGAAGGAGGUGGCCUUUUUCACCAGCUAUGAUAAAUUGGAGUUGAGCAUGGAGCAACCCUUGGAUGAAGGCGACGAUGAUGCAGAUGCUGAUGCCGGUCAACAGCCUCAUGAAACAGAGGAAGAGGGUGUCAAUAUGAAUAUCAUUAAAAAAGAGGUGCAAUCGAACAAUGGCAACCACAAUAACAACAACAACAACAACAAUGAUGAAGAUCGUGUCAACGAAAACUUCAAACAAAGCAACGAUGAAGCGCCCGGACAAAGUCCUGUGGAAAAUUCUGAGCAACAGCCACCUCAGAAAUGUGCUAAAAUUAUUUUAUACAAAAAUGAUGGUUGCUUGACCAUCAAGAAGGAGACCCAAGAAUCUCAACAAACUGCAAACUCAUCUUCCUCCUCAACGUCAUCCUCUUCGAACAAUAAUAGCAACAACAACAACAACAACCCUGCCAGUUCUCAAAACAUAAGUGAUCGCCUGAGACGCAGAAUAAGUCGCCAAGGCGGUGCUACAGCAGCAACGGCGACGGCGGCGGCGACGGCUACAACAGCACAAACCCCCAACCAGAAUCCUGAUGACCAACAGUCUACACGCCAUAAAACUAUAUUAGUUAAUGCCAAAACUGGUCAAGUUAUCAGCAGGAAUUAAGUUUCGUACAUUUAUACACAUAUACAUACAUUUACAUUUAUAUAUAAAAAAAAAACAAUUUUUGGAUAUAUAGGUAGUACGUAUAUACCUUAGUUUAGUUGUUAACCACAACACUGUGUUUGUUACAAAUGAAAAACAAAGUAUAGUUAUAACAAACAAGAAAUCGUUUAUGAUCAGACAUGACAUAUGGCAUUUAGGAAGUUUCACAUAGAGCUUUAAACUCUCUCAGAGUAUGAGAUGUUGAACGGAGUAGGAAGUCAAGUCAGCAAUGAGUGUGGAAAUUUUUAACAGAUAGAUGGCGCUAUGCAUUCAAAUUACUGACACGUAUUGCUGGGGUUUUGUAAUCUUUUCUAUAAAACUCAAUGGAGUACGAGUCAGUUUCUUACACACACUUCGAUCUUCUUUUAAGACUUUUAGCUAGAUGUCGCUCAAUAAUUUAUGACGCCUGAAGUCAAAAAUAUAAAAAUUUGAGUUGUUUUUAGUUGGACAACUUAUUUUCACAUUGGCUUUAGCUCCAGAAAUCACCCAGUCCGUAUUGGGUGAAACAUUUGUAUACAAAGCUUUGCUUACGGCCAUGAGUUUGCUUUAGAGUUUAUCUUUAAUUCUUGUAAUAACCAAACUCCAAGAUUUUUGAUCCAUCCCAUUGACACCUCUUAUCUUUUUGGUCAGUUCCCACCAUGGGUGUCGCUUGUACUCUCUUGAAAAUGGUGUAAAUGUACCCAGGCCCGCAAAGUCUGUCAUUUAGUAGUCAGUUUUUUUUUCCAUUGGGCUCCCAUCAUCCUUCAAAAGUGUCAUAACUUGAUCUUUAUCUAUGUUAGGGGGCGACCGGAUUGCUGGAUGUCCUCAAGCACAAAACGGAGUAGCAGUACUUUACCAUCGAUUGUGGAACCCAAACUAUUUUAAUUCAAGGUAGAGCCACACCCAACUCUUCCAUAAGCCCAGUUUUUUUUUUUUAGUUUCCACACUCCUUAAAAAAGUUGUCUCCAUUGAAACCAGAAUAACAACCGGAGUUAGAUAUCGUAAGAUAGAUUCGGAUUUCUCUCAUUAGCGGAUUUUCCGCGAACUAUUCAGUUAAGCCAAGCUACAGUUGGUCACCAGGGUACCUGAGGGACUGAAGAAAUUCAAGACUGCUUAUCCAUCACUAUGUAGCCUCUUCCCACACUUAUCAGUGAAGUUUUUCCUGAGUCCUCCUAGAAGAUUCGGGAUCUGAACUCAGGUGGCUUCUUCGACCAGAUCGAGGCAUUGACACAAAGGAAGUCUUAUACUGACAUCACGUUCUUAACACCAAUGAUAUCCCUAGUUCACAUAUCCAAUGUAUUCAGUGCGGUAUGAGUAAUCUAACAUAGCCGUGGACAUUCAGAACCUAGACCAUAGAUAGGCACCAUACAUAUCCGCACAUACAUUCCUAUGCCCGCGGGCAUAGAUAAAACAAACAGAUACUCAAGUACAGUGUAAACCGCUUCGUGGCUCAAUUUCUAAGCUAUUUCAUUUAGUUUAUGUUUGAGGAUAUUCGCACAAACACAGUUUGGUCUUUUUAAUAGUGAUAGUAUGUCCAUCACUGACCUAGACUAAAAAUGAGUGCUUAGUAUAUAGGAAGUCAUUUUUUCUUUUCAAAAUUUCAGGCCAUACGUCGUGAACUCUCUGCAGACUCUAAUAUUAAUCUAUGCCGAAUUGGCGCGAUCAUUGUAGAUUGAUUGGUUCUGUAAUAUGAACCCAUCCAUCAGUUGAUCCAUUCCACUCACAUUGCACGAAAGUCUCUUUAGAGCCUAAAAAACAGCGGAUUUCUUCUCAUGAAAAACCAUUUGUACUAUCGAAGAGCCUGAGUUGCUCCUUUUUGUAUCCUUUCAACCAUUACCAAGGUCCACAUAUCCAUGUCUUCAAUGCGAUAUACCGCUUAUAUUACUCCUAAGCCAAACUCAGAGCAUGAGAUGUUUUCCUACUUAAAAUGUCAUACCAGAGAACCCUGCACUUGAGCCCUAACUGUAAUCUCGAGCACUCGACAAGAAUCCCUAAAAUUCGUAAAACGCCCAAUUCCUGACACCCAAUCCCAUUGCUUCCCACAUAAUUUAGCAUUGUAAUGAUAUGAGAGCGGGUAUGAUGUUUAGUUUUUCUUUGGAGAAGCUUUCUCUAGGUCCAGGUGAUAUGUAUCAUUCCGACUUUCCUGAAAAAAAAACAUUUCCAUUUUUGAGUGAGUGAGUUUACUCGAAGUCUAGCCAGAAAAACAAAGUAGUUGAAAAAGUAUGAAUAAGCAGAUCAGACUAACAGACGAGAUAGGAAGAUGACAAGAUGUAAGAAGGGAGUAGGUAGCAAGUUUCAACCUGACACACCCAAAAGUACGUGUAUAAGCAUCCUGCGUUUUGAAGGCUGUAUAUCCCUUUCUCGGGUUUCAUUAGAGGUUAUCGUACUGUAUGACAGUAGCCUCGUCUCGCAGUCUCAGCUACAUUUCGGUAUCGAAAUCCUACAUGCCGAUAUAGAGUGUCUCGGAGUAAACUCCAGUCCCAUCUCUGAUUCCAUCACGAAGCCGAGAUUUCAGUGUACGUCUUCCAAUAAUCCUCUCUUUCUGGAAAGGCAAUCCUAAAUCUAGUUGCCAGGUAUUAAAGACCUUCUUCAUUCUAUCCACCGCAUCUACAGUAUCCAGAAUGUAACUGUGGUCCUCUUUCGUCUAACCCCAAUUCUCCAAUUUGUCUUCUUGAGCUUAAAAAGGCUUACAUUAGGUACACCAAUAUCUGUGCAAAGUAAGUAGGGUGCACAUAAAUCCACUUUUUUGGUGGGGGGCUACCCUAGAAUAUAGUUUCCCGAUUUUUCUUCUUGAGAGAUUGUAUUAUAAAAAUCCUCUGGCAUUCGCAUCCAGUAUGAUGCUAUUAGUAACACUUUUCAAUAACGCCUAAAGUCUGUAAGUCGAUUUUCUGAGU